AUGGUUGGUGAUGUGAAUAUAUAUAUGAAUGGCUUGGAUGAUCCCCAAAUGGCAGAGAUUGAAAUAAUGAUUGCUGAACUGAAAAGUCGUGGCAAAGGACUUGCUCAGGAAUCAGUUCUGAUGAUGAUGGAAUUUGCAGUUGAGAAUUUUGGCAUCCAUGCUUUUCAUGCUAAAAUUGGGGAAUCAAACAAAGCUUCUCUUAAUCUAUUCCACAAAUUGGGCUUUCAGAAGAUUUCUUACAGUGAGAUCUUCAAAGAGGUUACAUUGGAAUUACCAAUAACAGAAUCUACCCGUGAGAAGCUGCAUCAAUUAAUUGGUAAUGUGGUUACACAUUCGUGGUCGUGA